CCCCGGUGUCCGCCAGUCGCGCUUUCCCGCUCUCGCCACCGGUUGCCGAGUGACCGCCGCCUCAGCCGCCCAGCGCCGCUCGGAACUCCGCGCCCGACCAUGCCCAACAUCGUGCUCUUCAGCGGCAGCUCACACCAGGACCUGUCCCAGCGCGUGGCCGACCGGCUGGGCCUGGAGCUGGGCAAGGUGAUCACCAAGAAGUUCAGCAACCAGGAGACCAGCGUGGAGAUCGGUGAAAGUGUGAGAGGGGAAGAUGUGUACAUCAUCCAGAGUGGCUGUGGCGAGAUCAACGACAACCUGAUGGAACUACUCAUCAUGAUCAACGCCUGCAAGAUUGCGUCGUCCUCCAGGGUGACCGCUGUGAUCCCGUGCUUCCCUUACGCCCGGCAAGACAAGAAGGACAAGAGUCGUGCUCCGAUUUCAGCAAAGCUUGUGGCCAAUAUGCUGUCUGUCGCUGGAGCGGAUCACAUCAUCACCAUGGACCUGCAUGCCUCUCAGAUACAGGGCUUCUUUGAUAUCCCCGUGGAUAACUUGUAUGCAGAGCCUGCGGUCCUGCAGUGGAUUCGGGAGAACAUCACUGACUGGAAAAAUUGUAUCAUUGUUUCACCUGAUGCUGGGGGCGCCAAAAGGGUCACGUCAAUCGCGGACAGGUUGAACGUGGAGUUUGCACUGAUUCACAAGGAGAGGAAGAAGGCGAAUGAAGUGGACCGGAUGGUCCUGGUGGGCGACGUGAAGGACCGCGUGGCUAUCCUUGUGGAUGACAUGGCCGACACCUGUGGCACCAUCUGCCAUGCUGCAGACAAACUACUCUCGGCUGGAGCCACCAAAGUGUAUGCUAUCCUUACCCAUGGGAUCUUCUCUGGGCCAGCUAUUUCCAGAAUAAAUAAUGCUGCCUUUGAGGCUGUUGUUGUGACAAAUACUAUUCCCCAAGAGGACAAGAUGAAGCACUGCUCCAAGAUUCAGGUUAUUGACAUUUCGAUGAUCUUGGCUGAGGCGAUCCGAAGGACCCACAACGGUGAAUCUGUGUCUUACCUGUUCAGCCACGUCCCACUGUAAAGAUGUGAGGUGUGGAGCAAGCCUGGUCUGGCUUCUAACUUGCGUGCAUUUGUCUGAUUUUUUUAGCUUUGGGACUGAGCAGUUAUGUUAAUGUGAAAGCAUCAGGUCUAUGUAUACUCCAAGGCCACUGUUUUCCCCCUCUUAAAGAUCUCAACCAUUUAUUUUCACUUUAGUGAGGAGGGUAGUGGUUAUUUGAUCUUUUAAGUGAACAGUCUUAAAGGAGAAAUGUUUUUGUUACCUUGACUUGUUCUGAUAAGUGACCUUCCCCCCCGCCCUUUGUUCUGUCAGUACUUUGAGGCCACAACUUUCAAGUUUAUAAUUUCUUUGUGGAAGUUCAUAGUUUAAGAAUUUCGGGGCUACCAAAGGUCACUUCAGAUUAAAGCCUUUUUGUAAAUAUAAAAUGAUAAUGUCUAUGGACAUUUGGGUGAAACCCUGUAGAGAAUUAGUCUUUCACUUUUGAGUGAACCUUAGAGAAUUAAUAAUACCCUGAAUUUUGAAUAUUUGUUUUUAGUGGUCAGGUUUCCAGGAAACCAUUUUUAUCAUUAUGUUUAAUUAGGAUGAAAUGCAUCAAUAGCUGAAGAUGGCCACUGGCACGUUUAUUUUUGGUAAACAAUAGACACCCCAGAAGCAGUGUAUUUUUUAUUGCCCCUUCUGAAAAGCAUAACUGUCACUUUUCGUGAAAUACACUGUUUUAAAAUUCCCAAAGUUUGUUCAGCAAUAGAUCUGAUUGAGAAACUCUUUUGAGAUAAUCUCCAGGUUCGGGGUCACGUUCAAGCUCUGUCCAUCCAGAUGCACCUCAUGUCCUGCCAUCUUGUUUUUUUAACGUCCUGUUUUUAGCUCUAGCUUUUACUCUGCCUUUUUCCUCAAGAGUUUUAUGUUGUGGCUCUCCACUGCAACAAGGACUUCUUCCCUAAGUCCUCUUAGUUUUACUAGUCCCAUCUCUAUUUUGCUUUUGACAUGAUAAAAGGGUACAUUUUUGGUGGGUGCCUCCAAAUACACGUUUAAACGUUAUCUCCUUAGUGGUGGGUGACCUCGUGGUUUUUGGUCUUUUGUAAUCACAAGUAGCAGACCUUCUAGGCAAUAGAUUAUUUUAGCUAAAGCUGUUACAUAGGUGAGAAGGGCCUGCCAAAUAAAGGACAAAUAGGUAAGCAUUAGUUGCUCCAUAAAGUGAAUGUUCAGUGGUGGCCCAAGGAGUGAUGGUGGAGGGAAGAGAGCUUUAUUCACAGGUGACCUUUGACGGCUCCUGAGUGAGGUGCCCCCUCCUCGGUGGCAGGCAGCAAGCAGCAACUCUGAAUUGUACUAAGGGCACGUUGGUGGACAACCAGCUGAGUGCUUCCACCCACAAAAAAGAAAACGUGCCUCCAUAGACAAAGCCCAGGAAAAAGAAAGAAAAGUCUCCUCCUCCUGCUGGAUCUCAAAACUCAGAGCAAAGUCUCGGAUCUAAAUUCAGUGGGUGGAAAAAUGAGGUCUCUUUAAAUUAUUAACAAACCUGAAUAGCAAUCUUUAAGAUUUCAAACUUCAUCACAGCAGAGGUUAAAUCAAAGUUUAAAGGAUUGUUUUAAUCAUUGCAGAAACUAGCAUUUUGCUGUACCUUAAAAUGGCUAAAGUCACCUAUGCAAUACAAUGGACUCUAUCUAGACAGAGUUGAUUUGAGAUAUAUAGUCUAUUGAGAUGUAUGUAAUUAUUCUUUUUGAAAAAUGAGUGAUAAUCUGUAUUUCUUCAAUUUCUGUGGAGUGAAAAUGUAGUUAUGAAUGCACGCAGCUAGACAUCUUGGCAUCCCAGCAUAGACACAUUAACAGUGACUAAAACCAGUUGAUUUAAAGCAGUGAUUUCAUUGAAGAUUUAGUCCAACACAUAGAUCUAAAUGUGUUACAGAGCUGACAUAUAAUUUUAAAAUUCAUUUUCAAAAAUGAUAUUCAGAUAAAGAUAUUAAGAAAGUGAUAUUGUCAUUCUCUGAAUUAAGAGCUGAUUGUUUCCACGGUUAUUUAGCUUCAUUUUGUAUUUUAAAGUACUUCUGGUACAUCUGUCAACUAACUAGACUUGACUUAGCCCUACGCAGUGGCAUUUGAUGGUCCAGUUCAAAGAAAGAUGAUGAAGAUGGCCUUGAGAGCUGCUUAAUUUGAGCUCAUGCAAUCCCUUGCUGCUCGUGCGGAAACAUUUCAAUGACCAUCAAACAUACUGGUUCUAUCCAACUCUGCUGAAUGGCAAUUGACUUGGUGUACAUCUAGCCAAAAAGGGGAUCCAGAGAAAUACAAAUAUACCAAAGUUGCUCCAUUUUCAACUUAAAUUACAUCCAUCAACUUCAAGAGAUUUGUAUGAUAACUUUCCUGUGGUAGAGAUGAUGUCAACUAGAUUCAGGAACUACAUCAUUUGCAGUGCUUGUAUUGCUUUAGAAUAUAGGAUUCGAAGAUCUUCCAACACUGUACUAAAAGAUUUCAAUAAAAUCAUGCUCCUUCUUUCUUUCCUA